GUCUCAGAUGUGCAGCUGGUGACUGGAACCACACAGCUAAGGACAGCUGGGACACAUCCAAACGUGGCUGCAGGAAGAUUCCUUGCCUGCACACCUGGAAAGCAGUAAGAAAAAACUUGUCAAAAUCCAAUGGAUUGGAAUGAGAUCUUAGAGGACAUUAGGAAAGUGGAACGUCGCAUUGUUGAAAAAUUCAUUGAAGAUCUCACAGAAAAUUUCUUAAGAACAGAUCUGAGGAGCCUUAUAACUGAAGAUGGAGCCUGGAAUGGAUUUUUGGAAACAGCAGAGUUGUCAAGUGAGGAGAAAGCUGCACUGCGUGAUGCUCUGAAGGAGAGUUCAGCACAGAAGCCCUCUGGUGAAAAUGACAGACCUGAAAGGAAGCCACAGAAAGAGCAGAUUUUGCGAGAGGUUCCUCAGUUGAAGAAGAAACUUGAGGUCCAUAUCAGUAAGCUCCGAGAGCUGGCUGACAAACUUGACCUGGUGCACAAGUGCUGCACCAUCUCCAAUGUGGUGUCCCUCACUCUUAGUGCUGCUUCAGGAGUCCUCAAGCUCCUUGAUUUUGUUCUGUCACAGAUCUAUGGAAUGCCCAGGCGAGCACUCUCAGCAACCUCUGAGGGUCUGGGAAUGGCAUCAGAUAUGAUUAAUAUUACUACCACCAUUGUGGGAGAAAGUUUCAGACAGUCAUAUGAAUCAGAAGCCAGACGCCUGGUUGGAGCCAGCAUAAAUAUACUUUACGAGAUUAUAAAUAUCACUCCUAUGAUCACAGUCAAGCUUUAUUAUACAGUUAAGGAUUUAGUUGAAGCCUUCAAAACCCUCACGGGUCAGAUCCGAGCCAUCAGGACAGCCAUAUCCAACUCUGACCUUGGAACACAGGCCAGGAACCCUGCAUCCACUGGAAGAAGCUCUGGACAGGGUGUCCCCCAGAUGAUCAGUAGAGCCAGGAUUAGAGAAAUAGGGCUUACAGUUCCGUUCCUUGAACAGGAUCUUCGGGACCUUGCGCAACAAUUCGAGGUUUUGAAGGAUGGGGCAAAAACAGAGUCAGGUGGAGCACUGCGGGACCUGGCUCACAAGCUGGAGGAGAACCUUUAGAAAUUUGAGCAGAAGUGCAAGGCUCUGCAGUCAGACCUGCCUCAGUGACGCCCUCCCCUAAGCAGCUUAGAAUUCAGAGGAGAUGAUCCUUACAGGGGUGGGGACAAUUUUUUUUCUUAGCAUUAUUGUCAGAAAUAUUUAGUUUCUAAAAGAUCACAAAAAAGUUGGUGGGAAGGGAGAAGGUUAAGUGUCUUACAGGAAACCUGGGUUAAUGGCAGAGCAGCCUAAAGAAAUGGUGGCUGGAGCAAAAUGCAGGAACAUAGGGAGUGGAAAUGGCGGUCCAGACCUGCACAGGGACACACACCCGUGCUACAACAUGCUAUAACAAGGGAAACAGCCUGAGGUCAAGUCCAGGGAAAAGAUUGUUGUGGAGUUUGAAUUUCUCUGGCUGAGCAGAGCGAGGUCAAUGUAGAAGGCUGGAGAUCCCAGGAGAAGAGGAACCUGGAGUCUAAAAGGGGAUCCGACUUCCGGCAGAGUGGAGACUGCAGACAAGUCAGCACCCAUCUCUCUAACAACACCCUGCUGCAUCUGAACAUCUGUGGGGUCUCCUCGAGGUCUUGUGCUGGACUUGCUAAUGCUUAGCUGUCUGAGAAAUGAUAUUGCUUUAGUGGGUUUGCUUUGCUGUACUUUUUUCAUAGAUUUUUUUUUUGGGGGGUGGAGGGUACGGGAGCAGAUUUAAAUUAGGAAAGCAGAAAGUACUUUUUAUAGACUUUGUGUGUGUGUAUAGAUUAUGGCUUUAUGAUGUAUCUGUCAUGGAAUUUCUAGGUAGACCAGAAAUUUGCUAUGGUCUUCCUAAGUGUUGGAAUUUCUGUGUCUGUACCACAUUGUUGAUGUAUUAUUGACUACAGUAUAGAGUUCACUACUUGUGCUAAACAACAUCUGUGGGUGUUGACAAGUGCUUCGUGUGCCAUACAUUUGAAAUCAUAUAGUAUGCUACCUUUCAGAUAGACUUUGACCUAGCAAUAUGCAUGUGAGAAACAAACAAACAAACAAAAAAUCAAAAGAAGGCGGGGUCAGAGUGACCUAGAGUGUCAGGAAGCCUGGGGAGCAGGAAAUGGGAGAGAGCCAGAGUGAGAGUCGAGGCAGAUUACAGAAGGUGUCAAACACUGUAUGGAAUGGAGAUGAAGUCAACACUUUUGGGACAGGAGACUGGGUAUGUGGCUCUCAGGUCUUCUCAAUCUGUGUGGCUUGCUGGCCAGGGUAAUGUCUCAGAUUGAUGGGUUCCUGUCUUCUUAUGUUUUAUAGGCUGUGUUCAGUAAAUGUUAACUGGCUGUUCUUGAAAAGUGGAGUAAAAGCAGUCACUUGCAGCCUCUGGACCACCAGUAUUGGCAGAGUCCUAAGCACUGAGGUGGCAACCAUACGCCUGCUUUCUUGUGUUGUCACAGAACAUGUUGAAUAGUGUUUUAGCCGAUCUUCUUAAUGUACAAGUGUGAUGGACUUGGCUUCUGACCCUGGAUUUAGAGAUAGAGGCAUGGGUGUGUCCCGGUCCCUGCCGCCCUGACUGUUCACGGGUCUAUGAAUGUUCCAGCCCAUUCCUCACUCUGAUCAAGGCAAUCUGUCAUGGUGGGCCUGUGGCUCAGCAGACAUUUACAUGGUCCUGCAUGUGCUUUUCUCUGCGAAGCUGAAAUCAUGAUAUUGAAAGGAGAUAAAAUCAAGAGUAAAAAAAAAUUAAUUUAAAAUAUAGCCACAAGUCUUUGAGGAAGUGUGGUCGCUAGUGUCUCCUAUCUUAGGCUCCCCGUCUUGGCUUGUUCUUGGCUCAGUCUCUGAGUUGUGGAAUGAAAGCGCAUGCCUCUUCCUCAUCCAGUCUCCCCAUCUGCAGCAUCACAGUACAGCCCCACAUUAUACUUCAGAGUCACACACUGAUUUGAAAAAUGUGGAGAGAUUUGUGUUUUAGGGAAUGAUUGUAAAACUCCAAUCAAAUGGUGAAAUAAAUGUGUUGCACACUGU